AUGGAGCAGCCUACGUGCCACCAGGAUAAGAAGUUUCAAUCCAGUUGGGGAUUGUUUCCUUCCUCGAGCGAGCCGACGAGCCCCGUGAAUCCUCACGAUCGAUCCGUCCUCGCGAGCAGGAUGUGCAGCCACUUCGGGCUGCAGCCAGACGACGACGUAGACGAGAGCGGUAUCGUUAGCGGCUUGCCGGAAUUCGAGUGCGGCGUGUACGCGAAUUCCUGCACGGACGCGUGUUCUUGCUGUCCCCGGGAAGCCCCGGCACGAGAUCACGCGAACCAGGAGGCGAGGCCGCACAGUUGCUACCGGGAGGUGUGGCCGCACAAGGCGGUUUACCAGAAAAUCAAAGAGAGAGUGGAGGACGCCGUCAAAAGGCGCAAGAUAUUCCUCAUACGGGGCGAGCUGCCAAGGCUGAAGGAGGCGCUCGAGGCGCGGGGCUGGGUGCAGAAGUACGAGUCGACUAAAACGAGAAUGCUGCCAUACGGUGCUGUGACUAAUUUAGAAACUCGCUCCUUGAGCGAUAUCACGCGAGCAGACGGGACCCUGAACGAGAGGGCGGUGAUUCUCGCCCUUCUGCGAGACAGGCAGCCCGACUUCAUAUGGGACUGCAGGAACGAUUUUGUCCAGUGGCGGCGCGGAUUGGGAAGUGACGUUCUGCUCAACAGAUACCAGAGGCCCUCCGUUUACACCUCGAAGCUCGGGAUGGCGCGUUCUUUGGAGGACGCAUAUUGGCUGUACGAGGAGAAUGUGUCCGACGUCCUGUUCCCGCGCAGCUACAACCCCGCCAGGGACCAACGAGCCUUCCUGGAGGACUUUCGGCGGACCGCGGCCGCGGGUCUGCUCAAAUGGUUCGUCCACGGGAUGAGCGUCGCCGAAGAGCCGUCGAUCCUCGCGACCGAUUCUAAACGACGAGCGAUCCCGAUCGCCAGGCUCGACUUCGCGGUGGACCGUUGCGAGGAGUUCGUUGCCGUCGCGACGCACGAGGAUAUCGACGUGGUGGCGGGCGAACAGCCGACGGAGGAAGAGUGGAACGUUUUACUGGAGGAUUACACGGCGGCGCUUCACCACGAAGCCGGAAUCGAGAGCUCGUCAGAGGGUGCCGUCCGGGUAGAGAAUUAUAGAUGCCUCGAGAACGCCGUCGCGACUUUGGAGAAAUUAAAGACGGUCGACCCGCAGUACGCGAUGAGCGGCAUGAGAGGCAUCUGGAUCCUGAAGCCCAGCGACCUGUGCUGCGGCAAUGGCAUCGUUAUAUCUCACGAUCUCACGGACAUUCUGAAUCGGGUCGCGGAGAAACCGAAGGACUACUACAUCGUGCAAAAAUACAUUGAGUGUCCUCUGUUGGUCAAAGAGACCAAGUUCGAUAUAAGAUUGUGGUACCUGGUAACGAGCACUUUCCCUCUGACGAUAUGGAUUUUCAAAGAAGCGCUCCUCCGCUUCAGCUCGCAGCCGUACACCUUCUCGACCUACCACGAGUCGAUCCACAUUUGCAACACCGCCAUUCAGGAGAAGUACGACGACGAGCGGAGGCGCAGGCAGCGUCGCAGGCAGGACGGCCCCGAGGAGCCCGCCAACAGAUCGCUGCGCGAUCAAGGAUGGGACUGCGAGAAGCUGAACGAAUAUUUGAAAUCGAUAGGCCACAGGGGCGAGCCGUAUCACGAUCUGAUUUACCCGAAGAUGGCACAGGCCGUUGUCAUGAUGAUGCUGACCGCGCAGGAUCACAUGGAGCGGCGGCGUAGCAGCUUCGAACUUUACGGCGCCGACUUCGUGGUCGCCGAGGAUCUGUCGGUCUGGCUGAUCGAGAUCAACACGAACCCCCGCAUGCACCCGCCCAGUUCCAGGAUCACGAAGCGCCUCUAUUCCAGCGUGCUCGAGAGUCUGGUGAAAGUGAUAAUGGACGUGCCGGUGGACGCUUGCGCCGACACGGGUGGCUUCAGUCUGCUCUACAAGCAGUACAUAGACGACUUCCAACCUUACCUCGGUCCCUGCCUCUUCGUGGCCGGCAAGUCGAUGACACUGCACGAGCAGCCGCGGAAGCCGGCGAAAGAAAGAAGGACAAACAUUUGCGGUCCCUGGAGCAAGCAGCGUGCAAAGACCGCCCCACCCAUGAUCUCACGCUCGAGAGAGCCGAACGUGGUCGACCUUAUUGACCACUUGAACCCGGCGCGAUGCACCGCGGCCAAUUGACGCGCGACGCCUUUCUCGUCGAGGGACAAACAAGAGCGAGUCGUCAGAUGUGAUUUCUACGGUCCCUUCGAUUUCUUCGAUGAUAUCGCCCCAACAGCCGAAUAUUACGUCCGGUCCCGCAAUACGUGGAGUGAGCCUUUCAGUCUUUCAUACCCAUCAAAGGAACACGACACUUUGCAUACUUAACAUAGAACUAAAUAGACUUAACGUAGAACUGAGACUUCGUCUCGGGUUAGCGCGAACACUUUCGUCCCCGGACGCGUUUCCUUCGCGUUACCGGUUACCUCCGCGCGGGUUUACGCUGAAACGAUCGCGUUUAACGUUGAGGAAGACGGGCUUUCUUCGCAGUGACGAAAGACAGCGAAGAGACCGGGAGGAGACCGUCGGUUUCUGAUGAAUCGAGGGUGCCAUCGCGCGAUUGAACGCGGAAUUUACAUACCCGUAUUUUUUCACGGUAAAUUUAGCGCCACGCCGCGUGUAAUUAACGAGCGCAAGAUAGCGCGACGUAAUUAA